AUGAGCCAGAUAAGCGAUAAUAGAAGUGCCGCGAUACAGAAGAUUUCGAAAGGUUUGGGAGGAGGCGGUGUAUACCGGAUUAUCACUUGUAAAGCUGCCGUAGCUUGGGAAGCCGGAAAACCACUUUCUAUAGAAGAUGUAGAGGUCGCUCCGCCGCAAGCAGGAGAAGUAAGGAUCAAAAUUCUCUACACCGGUAUUUGUCAUACAGAUGCAUACACUCUCUCUGGAAAAGACCCCGAAGGCGCUUUUCCCGUCAUUCUCGGACAUGAAGGUGGAGGUAUUGUUGAGAGUAUAGGAGAAGGAGUGGACAAUGUCAAAGUUGGGGAUCAUGUCAUUCCUCUUUAUACCGCUGAAUGCCGGGAAUGCAAGUUUUGUAAGUCUGGAAAGACUAAUCUCUGCGGAAGGGUGAGGACCACGCAAGGAAAGGGAGUGAUGCCCGAUGGGACGACCAGAUUCAAAUGUAAAGGGCAGGACAUUUUGCAUUUUAUGGGCACAUCCACCUUCUCACAAUAUACCGUCGUAUCGAAAUUCUCUGUGGUAGCUAUCAACCCCAAAGCGCCUUUGGAGAAAGCUUGUCUGCUAGGUUGUGGGAUCACUACCGGGUACGGAGCUUUGACCAAAACGCCGGGUAUAGAGGACUCAAUUGUUGCUGUAUUCGGUAUCGGUUGCGUUGGAUUGUCCAUCCUUCAGGGUUGCAAGGCCAAACGUUGCAAGCGGGUCUUCGCGGUAGACACGAAUCCAAAGAAAGAAGAAUGGGCCAAGAAAUUCGGUGCGACCGAUUUUGUCAACCCCAAAGACCUCCCUGAUGGCAAAACAAUCACUCAAUAUCUUAUCGACGAGACUGACGGAGGGUGUGACUUCACCUAUGACGCUACGGGUAAUGUGGACGUGAUGCGAUCUGCUUUAGAGGCAUGUCAUAAAGGUUGGGGCGUGUCAACCAUCAUUGGCGUUGCUCCUGCCGGCGCGGAGAUUUCUACCAGACCAUUCCAACUGGUCACUGGUCGUGUGUGGCGUGGAUCAGCGUUCGGGGGUGUUAAAGGACGUACCGAGUUACCAGGUAUAGUAGAAGACUAUAUGAACCGGAUUUUAUGGGUAGACGAAUUCGUCACUCACCAUCAACCUCUAGACAAGAUUAACGAAGGGUUUGACGAUAUGCACAUGACAGGAGUUGUAGAUGAACGACAGGUUGACAUGGUGGCACCGACAGAUGACGGGGAGAUGAAUCGACGACAUUUUCCGUAG